AUGGUGGCGAAAAUGCCUAAGGGCAAAUCUAUUGAGGAGGAAAGUGAAGAAGACAAAGAUGACAAAAGCGACACAAAGGCGGAAGAGGCUGAAAGCUCAGAAGAGGAGGAUGAUGAUGAGGACAAGGGAGUUGAGAAGACUUGCAAUGAGUGGCAGCAAAAGACGCCGCCUUACCACAACUGUUCGAGCGAGGAUUCUACUGACAGUGAAGAUGAGAAGAAAGGAACAGAUGCUGAGGACGACAAGGUUGAGGAAGGUCAGAAUGCUGUGAAGAGUGGCAAGGAUGAUCAAGAAAAGAAACAUGAGGAAAAAAUUGAGGAAGGGAAGUGUGAGGAGGAAGAUGAUGAAUCCACGAGUGAAGAUGAGAAGACAAAAGAAGACGAGAAGACACAAGGAGAUGAGAAGACAGAAGAAGGUGAGGAGACAAAAGAUGAUGAGACAAGUGAGGAUGAUGAUUCCACAGGUGAAGAUGAGAAAACGGAAGAACAGAAGGAGAUGAAGAACGUGGAGGAUGCAAAUGAAGAUGAAAAGGCGGAAGAUAAUACUGAGGUGAAGAGUGAGGAGGACACAAGUGAAGAUGAUGAGGCAGAAAAGGCUGAGGUGAAACUUGAGGAGCAGCAUUCGAGCAAAGAGGAGAAGGCAGAAGAUGUAAAGGAGAAAAUCAGGAACACUGAUGAUGAUGAUGAUACAAGUGAAGAUGAGAAGGGGGAAAACCAUGAUGAGUCGAAGAGCGAGGAUGACACGAGUGAAGAAGAGAAGGCAAACAUAGAUAAGGAUAAGAGCCAGGAAGAGAACAAUGAAGAAAAGAUGGACAGCUCCGAUGUGUCUCUCAAUGCCUUGAAAGAAGGUCCAGUACGUCAAGAGGUGGCAGACAAAGCAGGAUCAAGUGACAGCAGCGAGAGUGAGACUGAUGAUGAGACCAUGGGACAGAAGAAAGGUCAGACUGAGGUGCCAGAGACACAGAAAGAAGCCGAGAUGAGGGAAGAACCGGCUGUUCUGAAAGGACGUGAUGAUGACAAAGACACUUCAAGCAGUGAAACCGAUGAGGAGAACAUGGACCAGAAGAAUGAGGCAACAGAUGAGAAUCCAGAACACCAGACGAAAGAAGACAAAGGUGACUCAGAGGCAGAGGAUGCAGACAUGAGUGACUCUUCUGAGGAUGAAAACAAUACAAAGACAGAAGAAACAACAGAAGAUGCAAAGACACAGAAAGGAAACAUAGCAGAAAAGGAAACUCGUGAAGAUGAGGAUCAGGAGAAUGAAAGUAAUGAUUUAGACGAGGAAAGCCACACGAUGAAGACAGAAGGCAAAGAACAGGAGAAAGACAAAAGUGAUGAUGACUCCACUUCGUCCUCAUCUUCCACGUCAAGCACUUCUGAAGAUGAGGCAGACACAAAGGCAAAGCAAAAGAUUGAGGAGGAAAAAUUCAAGCUUGAAGUUGACGAGGCUCGGGAUCUCGCUGAGAUGGAUGCUGCUCACAAGAUGCGAUACUGGGACUUCUGUCAUGGUCUGUAUCCAGAUUUAUCUACUCAAGAUGCUUUGAGUCCGGAUCUGGAGCCAACAAAGAUGGGGGAAGCACCAAGAUUUCACCCAGACAAAGUCAGAGAUUUCAUAAUGAUCAGCUCCCUGCAGAAGAAGGAACGCAAAGACAAAGGGAAGAGAAAGACUGAGGACAAGACUGAUGAAGGCCUUUCCCCUCGACCGGCUGAAUCGGGUGCCUCUGCCAAGCCGGCUGUGAAGGAGGAGGUGGCAGAAGAAUCAAAGAGAAAGAGCCUGGUGCACAAGGAAAAGUUUGAGGACUUUGCUGACUUCAGCAAGAAGUUCGAUCUCCUGCAACGGGUGGACAAUGUGCAGGACGGCUGGGUCGUUGAAAUCAGAAAGCGGCUUGAAGGUAAAGCAGCCGGUCAACUAUAUAAGCUGUGGAUCAGCCCACGUGGCACCCAGCUGUGGACAAAGGGCGCUGCUUCUGCUGAAGGGUUUACCGAACAAUCGUUCCAGAAGCUUGCGAACAUUCAGAAGAAUCUGAAGCUGGGUAGGCAGGCAGCGCCGAAAAAGACACCCAUGAAAAAGACUAAGGAGUUUCCCAAAAUCAAAUCGAAGGCAAAGCCUCGGUCGAAGGCCAACAAAAAGGCAGUCUAA